GGUGGGCCUGGAGGCAGCCCAGGCAUGCCCUGCUAGGCCACUGCCCAGUGCGCUCAGCCUCGGAGCUCACCUCUCGGCAGGCCACCUGCUUCUUGCCCGUGACCUGCCAUGCUCAGACAUGGCCAGCAAAGCAUACAGGGAAAGUGCUGAGGAGAGGAAGCAAUUGCUGCCAAACCUGAGGGCUGUGGGGUGUUAUGAGCACCACUUGCCCAUGACCUGCCAUGCUCAGACAUGGCCAAGAAAGCAUACAGGCAAAGUGCUGAGGAGAGGAAGCAAUUGCUGCCAAACCUGAAGGCUGUGGGGUGGAAUGAGCUGGAAGGCCGUGAUACCAUCUUUAAGCAGUUCCAUCUCUAAGACUUCAAUAAGGCUUUUGGGUUCAUGACAAGGGUGGUCCUGCAGGCUGAGAAGCCAGAUCACCAUCCUGAAUGGUUUAACAUGUACAGCAAGGUCCACAUCAUCCUGAGUACCUGUGAGCGUGCAGGCCUUUCAGAGCAGGAUAUAAACCUGGCCAGCUUCAUCGAACAACUAGCCGCGUCCAUGACAUAGGCCCUGUCCCCUUCCUCUUCUAAUUCCUCAGGAGAAAGGCACGGCUGAAUUGGGAAUCCACGGAGGGAGCUGGGGGGCCCUUGGUUCCAAGGCCUUGCUGAGUCACCACUGCCAA